AUGGACGAUGGGCCUGAAUACAGAGAAACCUCUGAGAAUAAAGGUCUCUCAGGGGACCGUGACUACUGGGAGACUGUGAAGAUAAAGUCGUGGGCAGGCAAGACUGAUGCUGAGAAACACAAGAACUGGACUCUAGACUCUAGUCUUCCAGCCAUAUAUCUACUCUCCUCUGGUGCAAGCGUGGUAGCUAUCAACAACAAAACCAAGCAAGCUACGAAUCUGUUGAAGGGCCAUUUGAUGUAUGCAGUUAGAGAGGAGGUGGAAGUCCUUAAAGAGCAAAUCAAAGAACUAAUAGAGAAAAAUUCCCAGUUGGAAAAGGAAAACAAUCUGCUGAAGACACUGGCCAGUCCAGAGCAGCUCGCCCAGUUUCAGGCCCAGCUGCAGACUGGCUCCCCGCCUGCCACCACACAGCCACAGGGGAGCACACAGCCCCAUGCCCAGCCUGCGUCCCAGGGCUCAGGACCAACUGCACAGGCAGAUGUAUCCCAAUGGAACUGGCUGCUGCUAUCUGAUCUGAACAGACGGAGAAGAUAUACUAGGGAGAAUCCACGCCCACAGUCACCCAUUUCAUUGCUGGCUGCAAAAGAGACGUGAGACUUA